ACCCACUCCUAUAAUUCACCUAUAUAAAUAUAAUUUCAGUUGUUAUCAAAAUCCCCAAAUUGGCUAAUUGAUUGCUCUGUCCUCUUGUACUGUACCAGCUAAAGCUUCAAUCUUUUUCAGGUAGCAUUUUGAUUCAAGAAGAUUGAUGUAGAGAAUUUUUGCCAGGUUCAUUAUGAUAUUUUGGAGCUUGUGAUUGAGGGUUGAGUUAGGAUGGAUCCAGUGAGAAAAAGGACCAAAGACUUGUCGAAAUCGGUGGAUUCAGCUCACCUUGCUCCAUUUCCUGAUGAGGUUCUUGAGAAAGUUCUUUCUCUAGUGAAAUCUCACAAGGAUAGGAGUUCAGUUUCAUUAGUAUGCAAAGAUUGGUACAAUGCUGAUAGGUGGAGUAGGAGUAAGAUCUUUAUUGGAAAUUGCUACUCGGUCUCACCGGAGAUCGUGGCCAGGAGAUUUCCAAAUAUAAGGAGUGUUACUUUGAAGGGGAAGCCGCGGUUUUCAGAUUUCAAUUUGGUGCCUCAGAAUUGGGGUGCUGAUAUUCAUUCAUGGCUCGUUGUGUUUGCUCAAGUUUACCCUUUUCUGGAGGAGUUGAGGUUGAAAAGGAUGGUUGUUAGUGAUGAAAGUCUGGAAUUUUUAGCAAAUUCAUUUCCAGGGUUCAAAGUCUUGUCUCUCUUGAGCUGUGAUGGUUUUAGUACAGAUGGUCUUAAAGCUAUUGCUACUCAUUGCAAGAACUUGACUGAGCUCGACAUACAAGAAAAUGGCAUAGAUGAUCUCGGUGGGGGUUGGUUAAGUUGCUUUCCUGAGACCUUUGUGUCUCUAGAAGUGCUGAAUUUUGCCAGCUUGAACAGUGAUGUCACAUUUGAUGCUCUUGAAAGGUUAGUUAGCAGGUGCAAAGCAUUAAGGGUUUUAAAGGUUAAUAAACAUAUUUCCUUGGAACAAAUACAAAAGUUACUGCUAAGGGCACCCCAGCUGAUGGAGGUUGGUACUGGUUCAUUUCAACAAGAGCUUGUUCCCCGUCAGUUUGCAGAACUUGAAACUGCAUUCGGUAGCUGCAAAAAUUUACAUACACUCUCAGGUUUGUGGGAAGCUUCUUCGGUCUAUUUACCAGUCAUAUACCCUGCCUGUGCCAAUCUUACAUAUCUGAAUUUGAGCUAUGCAACUCUGCAAAGUGAUGAACUUUCCAAGCUUCUACCUAAUUGCUCGAAUCUACGGCGUCUUUGGGUUCUCGACACAGUGGAAGAUAAGGGGCUAGAAGCUGUUGGGUCUAGCUGUCCCUUACUCGAGGAAUUGCGAGUUUUUCCUGCAGAUCCAUUUGAUCAGGAUAUGGUCCAUGGGGUGACCGAGUCGGGGUUUGUGGCUGUAUCUUCUGGAUGUCGCAAACUUCACUAUGUCCUAUAUUUCUGCAGGCAGAUGACUAAUGCUGCAGUUGCAACUAUAGUCAAGAAUUGUCCUGAUUUUACUCAUUUCCGUCUUUGCAUAAUGAAUCCAGGCCAGGCAGAUUACCUGACCAAUGAUCCGAUGGAUGAGGCAUUUGGUGCGGUGGUCAAGACCUGUACUAAACUCCAGAGGCUUGCCGUUUCAGGCCUACUAACUGACAAAACCUUUGAGUAUAUUGGGAAGUAUGCUAAAAACCUAGAAACCCUUUCCGUGGCGUUUGCUGGGAGCAGUGACAGGGGAAUGCAAUCUGUGAUGGAGGGUUGCCCAAAGCUAAGGAAGCUAGAGAUUAGAGAUUGCCCAUUCGGAAAUGAAGCUUUGCUUUCCGGGUUAGAUAAGUACGAAUCAAUGCGGUCUCUCUGGAUGUCAGCGUGUAACUUGACAAUGAAUGGUUGCAGACAACUUGCAAAGAACAUGCCGAGGUUGAAUGUUGAAGUUAUUAAGGAUGAAGAAAGUGAUGACAGCGAAGCUGAUAAAGUUUAUGUCUAUCGAUCAGUGGUAGGGCCUCGAAGAGAUGCACCUCCUUUUGUUCUCACCCUCUGAACCUAAAAUGAAUUUUGGGUGAGUCUUUCUGUAACACAUACUUGGUCUCUCGGGUAUCUACAAAUCUAGCAAUAACAUAUUAGAAGGGCAGUGGAGAGUUAUCAACUUCUCAUGGCUUGUAAAUAAGUUCAUGAGCUAAUAUGGUAUUUGAUUGUCUAGACAAGGGAACCUGAUGGCUUUACUUCGGCAUGUUUGUCUUUUUAUGACAAUUUCUGCGACCUACUUUCUCUAGAAACCCUAGAUGUAACACCAUGGUCAAGUUGCUAUAUCAGCACUCUGUUGAACUCUUAGCUGUCCUAUCAUAUCUUGGACAUUGUUUGUGAUUUAUUUUCAGGAAAUAAUAAUGAAGAAAAAGAAGCUAGCUGAAUGGUUGAACUCUGGAUUUUCCCAAGUGAAAGAAGCUGGCUUUGCUAUAUGCUACAUGUAAGAAAAUACUGAUACAUUAUAUUGUAACAGCUUAUUGAUGUGUACUUUCUUCGAAUAUUUAUGAAAGUGUGUAGAAGUUUACACUGAUACAAUUUGUGGAGUCGUUGCUUAUGCUCUAUAGUUGUUCAAGCAUUUACAUUCGCUGCUUGCUUGCUUGUGUAUGAAUAAUGAUUAGCGAACAUCCUUAUUCAGUGAAGCUCUUUUAUAUUUGUUGAUUAAA